AUGAUCCGAGGACAUACAUUAAAAUUAUCGUGGCUAGUUGAUGAGUUUGGAGAUAUUCCACAUCAAGCUGAUGAUUUAACCGUAUUAUGGCAUGCAAGAGCAUUCAUAUUACGACUCAUUAGUUCGAUAUUUCCCGACAAGACAAACUCACGUGUCAACUUGAUGUUUCUACCCCUUCUAGAAGACUUGAGGGAAGCUGCGAUAUACAGUUGGGGUGGAGCUUGCUUAGCCUUCCUUUAUCGUGAGCUAUGCCGUGUUGCUGUUACUGAAACAAAGGAGAUUUCAGGACCACUAUUCAUUUUGCAGAUCUGGGCUUGGGAGAGAUUUAAAAUAAUCUCUCCAUCAAUAAGGGAUCCAUCAGCUCCUCAUGAUGCACCUCUAGGUGCUAGGUGGAGUAGAGCUCGACAAAUCACUGAAGUAACAACUCAUGUACUGCCACAAAUUCGGUACAACCUUGACCGGAUGCGACCUGAAGAUAUCACUUGGGAACCAUAUAGUGAGGAAUUAUUGGAUGAGCUGCCAGACAUGUGUAUCCAAGGUCGUCCCAGUUGGAAGACAGUGGUGCCAUUAAUUUGCUUUCAUAUUAUUGAAUGGCACCAACCUGACAGAGUGAUGAGGCAGUUUGGUUUGGCCCAGCCUAUUCCAGCACCACCGAUGCAAACAGAUGAGUUGCACGAUAUUACUCUCCGACUCAGUGAGAGUAAUUGGGCACACCACCAUGCAACAUAUAUUCAUCGUUGGAAUAGGCGAGAACAAUAUAUUGUUCAAGGGCAACAAAUGGGACAACCACUCCACCAUCAUUCUGAAUAUAUGGAGUGGUACCGUCGAGCUGGUAGACGUUGGAUCUCAAUAAGUGGAGCUGCUAUUGGUUGUGUGGAGGACGCAAUUGAGGAUUGUUUGAUAAAAUUACAAAAUCCAUCAACACAAAACGUGGCAGAAGUUAAGCGUACAUUAAGAAAAAUGAUGAUUGCUCUGGAACAAGAAAGUAGGCUUUGCCAAAUGCCACCUCCUCAGUCUGCACCUCAAGCAGCAACUUUUAAUGAUGAAUUGGAAGAGGACCAACCCAUCAACCAACCUGGGCCCUCACGUAGACCAGCACGACGUCAAUCACGUCCUCCUCGACGUCGUCAACAUCAAAUGCGUCAAUCCUCUCCACCUGAUGAUGUUAUGCCCCACAUCGCAUUUCACCCUUUCGCAUGGCAUCGGGCUGGUCCUAUUCCCUUAGCUCCUGCACCGUCUCAUCCUAGACCAUCCACAGUAUUCCAACCAUAUUCAGAAACUAUCCCCCCACAUUAUACUGGUUGGAUGCUUACCCCAUCAAUACCUGGCCCAUCAACACCAUGGAUGACAUAUCAUUCUCAUGUGCAAAGCAGAAGCACAUUUGACUUCACUGAGAGUCGUGACCACAAACACCAAUGA